AUGGCUUCUACCCAGUCGGCGCCGAAUAUGGCGUCAGCCAAUGGCACCAGCGCCGCACAGGGCGCGAAUCCAUUGCAGAACCUAAAUGGCGACCAAGUCAAGGAGAUUCUUCACAAACUCCGCCAGAUGAAAACACAGAUGGACGCCAAGGGCAUCCGCGUUGACGACCUUCCAAGCGACAAAAAAGAGACUUACAAAUACUUCCUUUCUGUCUACGUUCAAGUCAUGGCUUACCAACAAAAAAAGGCUGCUGCUGCCAAUGGUGCCCAGGGCCAAAAUGCUUCUACCCCGUCUAAUGCUGGAGCUCAGCAAGUUCAGCCCCAAGCUCCCGCUCAAAAAGGUGCAACGGUCGGGAAUGGACCAUGGUCCAAAGCUCAAUAUGAGCUAUACCGGCACCAACAGCUAUUGCACGAAAAAGCGAAGAACAACCAACCACUCACCCCAGCUGAUAUGCAGAGCCUGCAGGAGUACACCUCGGUAGUCGCCCCCUCACGGCCGAAGUUGGUUGCUGCGGCAGAGAAGAUCGUGAACGAGGUUGAGAAAGGCUCGGUUGAAACAGCUGCGAGCAACGGAGAUGCCACUCCUGAGAAAACAUGGUAUAACAACCUCGAGCAACCUGAUAUUUUGCACCAGCAAAUCAACUACCACAAAUAUCGCAUUCGCCGCAACCGCCCCACCAUUCCAGCUUCCUGGCCUUAUGGCCUUGACUUGCAGGAGAUCCGUGCGCGCCGCCAAGAAUCCUUGGCCAAUUCGAUGGCUCGCCGACGAGAUGAACUUGCUUCACAGUCGGCUUCCAUCGGUGUUUGGGACACUGCCAAGAAUGACACUCCCACCCGUGACGAUUCAUUGAAGAUUCGAAUUUACAAUGAGCUCUCAGCACUGGACAAAUAUGCCAAGCAGCAACGGCUUCGGGACACCAUCUCCCGGGAGAUGUUCCAAUACAGUCAAGGAAUGACUGCUAACCGUUCUGUUCAUCGCCGCCUGAAGAAGCCUUCGCUUCGUGAAGCUCGGGUCACUGAGAAUCUCGAGAAGCAACAGCGGGAUGCCCGUGAGACUCGGGAGAAGAAGAAACAGUUCGAUCAACUUCAGGCCAUUCUCAGCCACGGUGUUGAGCUCCUGAGCAACGCGGCCCAGAACCGGUCCCGAUCCCAGAAAUUGGGCCGCAUGAUGGUUCAGCAUCACCAGCAUAUGGAGCGUGAAGAGCAGCGACGUGUGGAGCGCACCGCUAAGCAACGUCUUCAAGCCCUGAAGGCCAACGAUGAGGAAACUUACCUGAAACUGCUUGGCCAGGCCAAGGAUUCUCGUAUUACGCACUUGCUCAACCAGACUGACAAGUUCUUGAAAGAGCUUGCUGCAUCUGUGAGACGCCAACAGCGCAACCAGGCCGAGCGGUACGGCGAGGACGAUGAAAUGGAGGAUGAGGAGGAGGAAGAUGAGGAAAUCGCCAACAGUGAUGUUGAUGAGGCUGAGCAAGAUCCCAACAAGAAGACGAUCGAUUACUAUGCGGUGGCUCAUCGUAUCAAGGAGCAGGUCACAGAGCAGCCUUCUAUUCUUGUUGGUGGUUCAUUGAAGGAGUACCAGCUGAAGGGUCUCCAGUGGAUGAUUUCGUUGUACAACAACAACUUGAACGGUAUCCUGGCCGACGAGAUGGGUCUCGGAAAAACCAUCCAGACCAUUAGUUUGAUCACCCACAUCAUUGAAAAGAAGAGGAACAACGGCCCCUUCCUGGUUAUUGUGCCCCUCAGUACACUCACCAAUUGGAACAUUGAAUUCGACAAAUGGGCUCCCUCUGUCGCCAAGGUUGUCUACAAGGGACCCCCAAAUGCACGAAAGCAGCAGCAGCAGCAGAUCCGUUGGGGUAACUUCCAGGUUCUUCUGACUACUUAUGAGUACAUCAUCAAGGACCGACCCAUUCUCAGCAAGAUCAAGUGGACUCACAUGAUUGUUGACGAGGGUCACCGUAUGAAGAACGCCAAUUCUAAGCUGAGUAGCACCCUGUCAACAUACUACACUAGCAGAUAUCGUCUGAUUUUGACUGGUACCCCGCUGCAAAACAACCUCCCCGAACUCUGGGCUCUUCUGAACUUCGUUCUGCCCAACAUUUUCAAGUCCGUGAAGUCGUUCGAUGAAUGGUUUAACACACCGUUUGCCAAUACUGGUGGCCAAGACCGCAUGGACCUCAGCGAAGAAGAACAGUUGCUUGUGAUUCGUCGUUUGCAUAAGGUUCUUCGCCCGUUCUUGCUGCGUCGUCUGAAGAAGGACGUCGAAAAGGACCUGCCCGACAAGCAAGAGCGUGUCGUCAAGUGUCGGUUCUCCGCCUUGCAGGCCAAGCUUUACAAGCAACUUGUCACCCAUAACAAGAUUGCUGUUGGUGAUGGUAAGGGUGGAAAGACUGGCAUGCGUGGUCUCAGCAACAUGCUUAUGCAACUGCGGAAGCUUUGCAACCAUCCCUUCGUCUUCGAGCCCGUUGAGGACCAGAUGAACCCUACUCGGAUGACCAACGACCUUCUUUGGCGAACGGCAGGUAAAUUUGAACUGCUUGAUCGUAUCCUGCCCAAGUUCCGUGCUACUGGUCACCGUGUCUUGAUGUUCUUCCAGAUGACUCAGAUUAUGAACAUCAUGGAAGACUUUCUUCGCAUGCGCGGCCUCAAAUACCUUCGUCUGGAUGGAUCUACCAAGUCCGAUGAUCGAUCGGAUCUUCUGAAGGUCUUCAACGACCCGGGUUCCGAUUACUUCUGCUUCUUGCUCUCCACCCGUGCUGGUGGUCUGGGUCUGAACCUGCAGACCGCUGACACGGUCAUCAUCUACGAUUCGGAUUGGAACCCUCACCAAGAUUUGCAAGCCCAAGAUCGUGCUCAUCGUAUUGGUCAGAAAAACGAGGUUCGUAUCUUGCGACUCAUUAGUUCCAACUCCGUUGAGGAGAAGAUUUUGGAACGUGCGCAGUUCAAGCUUGACAUGGACGGCAAGGUCAUUCAAGCCGGAAAGUUCGAUAACAAGUCGACGAACGAGGAGCGUGAUGCCCUUCUUCGAACCCUUCUGGAUACCGCAGAAGCUGCUGACCAAAUCGGGGAACAAGAUGAAAUGGAUGACGAUGACCUGAACGAAAUCAUGGCUCGUUCCGAAAACGAAAUUAAGGUGUUCCAGCAAAUGGACCAGGACCGACUACUCAAUGAUAAAUAUGGCCCCGGAAAGCGCUACCCUCGUCUCAUGUGUGAGGAAGAGCUGCCGGAUAUUUAUCUGCAGGAAGAUAAUCCCGUCACUGAGGAAGUCGAGGCGGAGGUGUACGGUCGUGGUGCUCGUGAACGCAAGGUCACUCGAUACGACGAUGGCCUGUCUGAGCAGCAGUUCCUGGAUGCCAUGGAAGGUCUCGAAGAGGGUCGACUUACUUUGGAGCAAGUCAUUGAGAAGAACGAGCGACGUGCCGCUGAACGUGCGGCCAGGAAAGACAAGAAGCACAAGAAGGCAGCAGGGGCUGAUUCUUCACCAGAACCAGAGCCGUCUAUUGUUGAUGAGGACGAGACCCCUCAGAAAAAGCAGGGUCGUCGUCGUGGUCCUCCACCCAAGCGCAAGGCCGAGGAGCCUAUUGAAGAAAACCCACAGCCCAAGCGCAAGAGAGGCCGUCAGCCCAAGAUCCCUGAGACUUUGAGUAGUGCCGACCGUGCCACCCUGACCCGAAUUAUCACCAGCACCAUCCAGUCCCUAAAGGAGAUGGAGCAGGAAAUUCCGGCUGAGGGCUCCGAUAGCGAAGAAGGCCCUCUUCUACGUGCCAUCAUUGAGCCUUUCAUGAAGCCCCCACCACGCUCACAGUAUCCCGACUAUUACAUGAUUAUCAAAAACCCUAUCGCAAUGGAACAGAUCGAGAAAAAGUUGAAACGCGAUGAUUACCAGAGCCUGAAGGAGUUCCGGGAUGAUGUUCACCUGCUCUGCCAGAAUGCCCGAACCUAUAACGAGGAUGGCAGUAUCUUGUUCCAGGAUGCGAAUGAUAUCGAGAACAAAUGCGUAAUGGAACUGAGAAGGCAGACCGAGGGCUACCCUCAAUUUGCCAAUUUUGAUGAUCCUGGGUCGAUUGCUGGCGACGGUCUAUCGACCGGAGCUGACACCCCGUUGACUGCCGGAACCCCCGGGGCCCAGCCUAAGCUCAAGCUUACCUUCAACAACUCCAACUUUGACAGUGCCAGUACCUUGAAUGGUACUGAUUUCAGUCUUGAGGAUGAGUAA